CGAGCAGUUGGAAGUUGUUGGGAUGAUGAAGUUAUGAAACCUGACGUCAUCAAAUCUUCGGUUUGCAUUUAUGCGUGUAGGAAAGCCACAUUACUCCCAUCAACCUAUCCUAACUAAAAAUGAAUCUUUUUAAAUGUUGGGGUAUAUUUAUUUAAUGUCUGAUUCAUGUAUUCCAGAUUAGUUUCAGGCCAACACUGUGCUACUUUGGCUAAGCCGCCACCAAUAGAGGGAGAAAUCCGCCCCCUAUUGUAUGUAACAUGGCGGAGGAGUAUGGAGGCUCAUUCGGAUCAGGACUUUUAAAACAGAAAUUGACCACAUUGAGGGAAUCUUCUGAGAAUGCUUUACACCGGAUUAGCGGAUAUGCAAUACAUAUGUGACGGAUGAGACAAGUCGAUCACGAAAUCAAUCACUUCACUCGCGGCAGGAAUACAGAUCCGAGAAAGUACAAAAUACUACCAGGACAACAAAAACAAUUCGGAGAUGAACGGGGACAUCUUGUGUAACAGUCAUUCCAUCACGCUGUUAAGCUGUAACAACUCCAGGUCUCCUGGACAUAAGGACGAGGAUGGAAGGAGACUCACGUCCACGAGCUUGAAGAGUUAUGACGGCUUCUCAGAGAAGAAGAGCAGCCAGUGUUCCCCGCGCUGGCCGGAGGAGCCGGCUCUGCACCAACAGCACCAGUACCAGCACCACCAGCAGACCCCCUGCCUCCACGCCUGUGCCCCCACGGAGAGAUCACUUCCCCUGGGCUACAGUAUCUCCCACAUGCCCCUCCACAACAACACCUCCACCCUCUCCAUCACUACCACCACCAACACUAACCACGCCAUCCGGCAGAGGAGAGCGGCCCGGCACAAGGCCAGGGGGAAGAAGGCCACACUCAGAAUAGCGGAUAGGAACUCCCAGAACAGGAGGGUCACCGACUACUUCCCCAUCAGACGCAGCUCACGGAAGAGCAAAGCAGAGCUCAAGUUUGAGGAGAAGAGGCACAUCGAUGACCUCAUCACAAACGGUAUCGAAGAAGGAAUGGAGGUGCAGCAGAUCGAGGAGAAGGGCCGGGGGGUGUUCUCCACGCGGGGCUUCCAGAAGGGGGAGUACGUGGUGGAGUACCACGGAGACCUGCUGCUGAUCCCCGACGCCAAGAGGAGGGAGGCCGAGUACGCCCAGAACCCCGCCACCGGCUGCUACAUGUACUACUUCCAGUACCUCGACAAGACUUACUGUGUGGACGCCACUAAGGAGACGGGGCGGAUGGGCCGGCUGCUGAACCACAGCAAGACGGGGAACUGCCAGACCAAACUGCACGACAUCAACGGCGUGCCCCACCUCAUCCUGGUGGCGUCGCGGGACAUCGACGACGGCGAGGAGCUGCUCUACGACUACGGCGACCGCAGCAAGGAGUCCAUCGCCGCCCACCCCUGGCUCAAGUACUGACCGGCGGGGGAGGGAGUGAGGGGAAACGCAUGGAGGUGAUCCGUUAAAAGGGAAAAAAUCGAACAUUGGUAUUCUGCGUUAGCGACCAUUCAAAUGCCUUAGUAGAGAAUAAUUAGUACCUUUUGUGAGGAGUUUGGGGGUUGGUGAUAGUCUCUGAGGGAGGGGGUGGGAGACUUGCUGAAGUUUAAUGAGGUACAUCUGCUUUCUACAACCUUUCACUUUGUAUUUUAUUUUCUGUAUGAUAGAUGCUAGUUUUUUUUGCCGCGCUUUAAUUUUGUACAGUUUGUAUUACGACUCUAUAUCCAGUGAUCCCAGAGCAUGCGGACAGCCAGGUACUUCUUGUUUAGCAUUUUCUAUCCCCCUUUCUCUUACUUAAGUUUAUAUUUACUCCGCCAUAAAGCUUUUAAUGAAAGAAAAGAAAGAAAAGUGCAAUUCCAGUCUGUUUUCAGCCAGUGGGACUGUCACUUUGAGUAACUGUAUAGUGUAACUGUUUUUCUUUUAGAUAUUAACAAAUAUAUGUACGUAUAUAUACGACAACACUGUCAAAUGUUCACUACUUAAUGGUGGACAAGACAGAAGGUCAUUAUUACUUUUAGAAGAAAAAAAUAUAUAUUUAUUCAAAUCACACAUUUCUUUUGUUAGGCAUAAAUUAUGCACUUAAUCAUGAUGACAAUGAUUAUAGAGCCCCUCUCUGUAAAGGCUUUUAUUCCUUCGCUUGUUUGUAUAAAAAAAACUACAAUCUCGAUUGUGACUGAAUAAGGCUUAAUUGUAUUAUUUGGUACAAACUCCAUUACUUUGAUCGGUUGGUGAUUUGUUUUGUACUAAUGAUUUUAAUUUAUCACUUUACACUCAUGCGCAUAAUUGUAUUCUCAAGCAAUAUCGACGCCCACAAAACCAACGGUUUGUUCGUCCUCCUACUUCCAACUGUACAUUUUUUUUGAAUUUGCAUUGAAACCUUUCUUGUUGUUUUAUAUUUAAAUAAUAGACACAUAUCCGUCUCAGAGGUGGGAGUAGGUUCUGAAGUAGCAGACACACACAUUUCACCUCCCCAGCAGUACACGUCUGUACACUCCACGGUAGACUCAGAUCGCACAUGUGUGUUUGACAUCAGAGGUCCAUGCCAUCUUAAACAGCAUUAUGAAAUGCUUCGCAUUGGACACUAUUUCGAUUUGUAGGCGAGAAUUUGAAUUGAUGUCCAAAAAAAUCCUCAUUUCAUCUGUUGGAGUCAGUUGAUGAUAAAACAAUUUGGUUAAUAUUAUUUUGUUAUAAAUGUCACAAGUGUUUGCAUGGGGCAAAAUGAGGUUUUGAUUAUCUCAAAGGAAACGUGCUACAAAUUGCCAUAUUCAGAAACAUUUACAUUUUGGUCAAAUCCAAGCCAUUUCAUGUUAAAAGACUCCAGGAAUACUGGUAUUACAAUAUAUAUACCGACUUAAUUAUUUUUUUAGAACACAAAAUGUAAUUACUUCUCUACUAUCCCUACCUAACUAUCUAAUUAGGGUGUUUUUUUUUUACACAUAAUAUAUUUUCUCUCAUCUUAAAACACACUGUUACCAUUUUAAUCCUUUUAACUUGUGUAUAAUAUGCAAUAAAACUGAAGUGGAACUCUGUUACGGGAGGGGGGGGGGGGAUAAAAUGUUGGCUGUUGUAGUGUUAAAAUGAAUCUAAAUAAACAUGUUUUAUGCCAAACACAAGAUGUAUGUCUAAUUCACGUCGAUGAGGUGGAAGGCGUAUUUAACUAUGGGACAGCCGAAAUAGUUGAAACAUUUCUGUGGCCCAUUAAAAACAUUGCAAGAUGAUUUUAUAUGUAAGUUUAUGAAUUAAACAUUGAAGUAUGGAGCAUUUGAACCCUUUAUCACUGAUUUAACAUAUAUCACUGAUUCACAUAACAAAUUUGGGAGCUCAGAAUCGUCAACAUUAUCGCAUAUUACCAAUGAAUUAAUGACAAUUAAAUAUACUUAUUUUAUUGCAUAUACAUAUUCAACUGGGCAGCCUAAGUAACCAUCGGGAGAUAUUCUCACAUUUCCAUUCAGCUUCAGUAUGCAUUCAGAAACAAUUCCCAUAAUGGUUUCACUAGAUCCGGUUCUAUAGUACAUAAGAUGAUAUUUUUUAGCUCAUCGAUUGAAACAAUGGGUGAAGGACUUUUUUACGUGAAUGUCAAAACUAAACCUCACUUUAUUAUUACGGGCGUGACUACUUACAGGGAAAUUGUUUUUAAACCACGUCAAAAUGUCCAAAUGUAGCGGCUAGGCUAAUUUGCAACGUUUUGAACACAGCCUUUUCUGGUUAAAGUGUGAUUCUUUCAAUAUGAUCAUGUUCAUGUUCUUACAAACGGCGGGCCAACUAAGUUGCUGGGGAGGAGGGAGUUGCCUAAACUAACCCUAAAAACUCACUUUAAAAUAAAUAUAUAGGAAACCAUAGUCCUCUGUCAUAUGAAAAUGUUAAUGUAAAAUAUGCUUAUAAGAAACAA